CACGAUUACGCGAUUACACGAUUUACAUAUAGAAAUAUUCAAUUAAGAAACUAAUUCUUAUGCUUCUCAGUAAAUAUUAAUAUUCUGAAAUUUCUACAACUGAGUACAAUUUCUCGAAGAACAAAAUUCAGGAAUUAAACGGUUACGGCGAUUGCACAAAACAGAAAACCAAAAUUCAGUAAACAAUGUCAAUUUUAUUUCAAACGACUAUAUUGAUUGUAUAUUUGGUUACAUUAUCAAUACAAAGUAAUAUUGGGCAUGCAUGGAACAAUCAUCACUGGGACCUAGAAAAGGAAACACAACAACAACAACAACAACAACAAUAUCAAGAUGAUAUUGAUCGUAUUGAUGAGUAUAAUGAUGAUAAUGCUAAUGACGAUGAUAAUCAAUAUUUGUAUUUAUUUAAUUUAAAUAGACACCCAUCCUAUUCACCUAAUUUCAGGCGUAAAGUAUUUUCAGAUUCAAAAAUUAAUUUACCUAUUGAUAUGAAUGAAGAUCUUAAUAAACUACAAGAAUCGGCUUCUUCUUCGUCUUCUUCGCCUCCUACAGAUGAAAACAUUGAAUAUUUAAAUCCAAUUUGGCCAAAUCUAAUUUAUUAUAGAAAUCCUUUAAAAAAACGUGAUCAAACUAUUGAUUGGUUGAAUGAAAAUACUCAACUAACGGAUAAUAGUAUGAUUGUAAAAAAAAUGCCAGAAACUAUAAAAUGGUCUACACCAAUUCAACCGGGCAAUUCAAAAGAUUUACGUAAAUUACGUAAUCUAGAUACAUUUAAUACAGAACAAUAUAAACAUCGAGAUGAAGCAAAAUCAGAUGAUACACAUCAGGAACAUUCUAGAUCUUGGACAAACGAAAGUGAAUCCAAUAAUUCGGUCGUAAAUGAACAAAACGAACGUCAAGGCUGAUAUUAUUAUUAUUAUUACAUUUAUGUGCAUAUAUCUAUACAUAUGUAUAUGCCCCCCUUCAUAUGAAUAUAUUGAUUGAUAGACAAAUCAGUAUUCAUGCACAAAGAUAGACAUGUAAUAACAACCAAUCAUAAUUCAACUCUCUCUCUAUAUAUAUAAUUAUUAUCAGAAUGCUUCUACUCAAUCAAUCAAUCAAUCAAUCAAUCAGUAGUAUCCAACCUGAUUAUCUUAAAUUACAGAUUGUUUCUAUUUUUAAUUCAUUUAAGGGAAUAAGCAAAAUUUGAACG